CACAAGUGCAGCACGUGCAGAGUGUUUGCCCUCAUGGUAGCGCGGACUCCGGUGCGUUUGUUUUGGCGUAGUUUUAUCCAUAGCAGGAUGGGAGAUAUGUCCUCCAAAGUUGAAAUGCCAUCUCCAGAGGACGCUUUACCGGGACGAGAGCAGAGUAUGAAAGUAUCAGCCAAGCACGAUGUGAACGGUAACAGGACAGUGGCUCCAUUCCCAGAGGGAUUGCAGAUGGUCUUAUUUGGUAUGGGCUGUUUCUGGGGGGCAGAGAGGAAGUUUUGGAAACAGAAAGGGGUCUACUCUACACAAGUGGGCUACUCUGGGGGUUACACCCCAAACCCUACCUAUGAAGAAGUGUGCACUGGUAAAACAGGACACUCAGAGGUGGUUCGCGUGGUGUACGAGGCAGAGAAAAUCAGUUUAGCCCAGUUGCUCAAGGUAUUCUGGGAAAGCCACAAUCCCACACAAGGAAUGCGCCAGGGCAACGACGUCGGUACGACCUAUCGAUCGGCCAUCUACGCAUACACGCACGAGCAGCUUGACCAGGCGUCGCACUCAAAGGACGAAUAUCAAAAGGUGCUGACUGAAGAGGGUUUUGAAGCCAUCACAACCGAAAUAGCAAUGGUCAAGGAAUUCUACUAUGCAGAAGACUAUCACCAGCAGUACCUCAGCAAGAAUCCCAAUGGCUACUGUGGACUGGGCGGCACUGGGGUCUCCUGUCCAAUAGGAUUGAAGAGUAAAAAUUAACACUCAUCUGUGAUUGAAUGUUUCUAUCAUUUGCCUUAACUGAAAAAAUCUCUACUGCAAUACUCAGGCCUUAAUACCAUUGUCAGAUUUAAAUAAAAUCUAAAUCUACUGA